AUGGCCUCCGCGACAGAUAUCAUCACAUACAUCGGAGUGCCCCUCGCGGUACUGGGGGUUCUGCCAAUUCUUUACACGUUCAUGUUUGCCAUUUUGACCAAACGCCGAAUCCGCGACUCACUCAUCCAUCAUGGUCAUCGACCAGUCAACAACGCCAAUCCUCAGCAUGGCUUCACCAUUCGAACUUCUCCCAUGACCAAUCUGAUCGAAGUGGAACUCCCAAAGUAUACUAUAGCACCGCUGGAAAGGAACGACCAGAACUACUGGAAGACCACGAAUGAAGGUCAAAUGAGGGAAGAGGAGCACCACAGACUGCUUGACCGGACGGAGAGCACAUUGAGCAUGAUUGAGGAAGGUCGGGUGCGAGGAUUUCUUCGCGGCGGCAGUUGGAGAGCUUUCCACUGGAAAAGAUUGGUCGUUGGCCGCAAGCUGUACAGAAUACAAUAUGAGGACGAACUGCGAGAACCACCUGCUGAAAUUGAUUUUUCGGACCUUGUGCAUCUUCUGCUCGAUUGGGGGGCAGUGCCAGACUCCAUGGGAUGGGAGAAGCUGAAAUCAGGCGGUCUGUGGACACCGUCUGGAACAAUUCUGCUGAGAAAACCGGACGACGACGUUGGAGAGCCUCGGAAACACAUCGACUGGGUUCUAAGAACAAGUAUGCCGGACGAAAGCGACGGGAUUCUCAGUCUGUCGGUCAAAUGGUCUGCAGAUAUUAGCUCCGUUGCGGAUCAUAGAGGGGCUGCAAGUCUUCCGCCCGGCUGGGGGCGACUUAAUCAGCCACCAUUGUUGGAAACGAGCGAAAAGGUGCCCAAAGAGAAACAAGACUUGCCGGCAAGAAUCGACCAGUUGAAAGCCGCGGACAAGUACAGCGUAGAUAGUUCGAGCUUCCGCUUCCGCGCAGAAGAUAACCGGGUGCAGAGAGUCUUUUGGGAGCAGAAAAACCUCGAGACUGGCUUCGUUUGCGACCCGUUUCGCACGAUCCAGCAAUCCACGGCCGCACUCUGGUUCACGUGUGCAGCAUCGGCGGUCCUUUCGCGGAAAACUUCCAGUGGCGGCCUCUGGGCUUUCGACAUCCCCUCGGACGUACAAUCAUUUGUGCGCAAGGAUUCGGUCCCAUGCGGCGUCAUGGUGAUCAUGGGCCUGAUGGAUGAGACUGACGCGCCACAUUGGUCGUCUGAAAACGCAGAUGCUGCUCGAUUCGAGACGACGAACAUGGCGCAACGACACCUCCAGCGAUUCCAGGCUCGCCAGGCAGCUGAGAGGCUGGAAGCUACUAUGCCGCCGGAACAAGCUAGACUGCACAAGAUGAACCGUGAGACUGCAGAACGACACGCCGCACAUGACGAUAUGAUGGCAGAGUUCGCUGCGAGAUCAGAGCGGGACGAGCGCAGGAUGCAGGAUGCGAUUGCUAGUCCGAGGAUGAGCACCAAGGCCGUGGCGGAAGCAUGUUUGGCAUGGCUGAUUGAACAAGGCCAGAUCGGUCGCGAGUGGACUCUUGACCAGCUGGCCGAGGCGGUCUUGUACCUGAUGGUGGUCGACCAGAGUCAAAGCGACGAAGGCGAAGCGCGCAAGAUCACCAAGAUACUAGAAGAGUGGAUGGCCUGGACCACGGCGGGUGGGAUGAAAAAGGUGCAGGUCAAACUGCUAUGUGAGAACAAAUCUGCUUUCUGCUUUGCCGCGGCGCUCGCCGCAGUGGUUUAUGAGUCCACCAACUCGCCCGUUGGGAGGAGCAAAGCUGGUGCUGAUAUGCUAGAGUGUUUGAGGCUAUGGAGGAAAGUGAGAUUGGGAUGA